UAUGCAGACAGACACACAACAUGGCGGACUAGAAUAGUCGGCCGACGCGCCCGGAUACAGCGGAUAAACCGUGGGAUUCAACACCCAGGAAGGCCAAGAAAGUAACACUCCGCAGGGACGAGAAGUUAGGUCGAAUCGAGGACUUUUUUCGUGGGGCUGACGUCCUUUCCUGGAGGAUUUAUCGGAUAAACUGAGUGCGAAGUGUUGGUUGUGCGUCCCAGAUCGUGCUCUGCUAUCACCCAGGUCCCCCCACCCCGCUCACACUCUCUGGUUCCUGGGGUGUGGAGACAGGGGCCGGGGUUGAAAAAAACGUGGAAGAGAAAGAAAGGAUACAUUCCUACUUGGCUUUGCUGUUUUUUUUUAACCCCCUCCUCGGGUUUCCUCUGGGUGCUACAGGAGUUGUGGACCCCGCUGUGCGAAUGAGUGAUUGAUGCCAACUUCGCUUCUUCAGGGCAGAAUGGGUGUGUGUCCCCUGCUCCUGCUGCUCGCUCUCGCCCUCGGGGCCUCAGCCCAGGAUCAUGUCCCCAUCACAAGUCCUCCAAGUAUCACUGCCAAACCCACAGACCCCCCUGUCGCUCCCUCCCUCAACUUCACAGUGGCACACACACAAGCCCCCGCAGGCCCACCCACAACGCUCGCCCCCACAGUCAUCCCGGUGACAACAACCACAGGCCCACCAGCUGGUGAGGAGGAUGUACAACUGCCGGGUCCGAAUGCCACCGCGCUGUUACCGAUCCCCGCCCCCUCACCUCCGGCUCCAACCGAUGCCCCCGUGGCACCACCGAGCACCGAGCCCCCCCCUCCUCCCAUCCCGGCGGGGGGAGACAACGAGACCACGGCCUUCCCUCCAGAAACCCCAACUCCAGAUUAUGACGAUGAUGGUAUAUUCUAUUUGGAGCCGGAGACCACCACAGAACCCGGGAUGGGGUUCACCUCAAACACCAGCCCACAUGAUAACAACCAGUCUGAUGACAUGCCCAUCAUAGCCGUCAUGGUGGCCCUUUCCUCCCUGUUGGUCAUCAUCUUCAUCAUCAUCAUCCUCUACAUGCUCAGGUUUAAGAAGUACAAGCAGGCGGGAAGCCAUUCGAACUCCUUCAGACUGACCAAUGGUAGAUCAGAUGAAACAGAACUCCAGAGCGUCCCGCUAUUGGCCCGCUCCCCCAGCACAAACAGGAAGUACCCGCCCCUUCAUGUUGACAAACUUGAGGAAGACAUGAACCGUCGCAUGGCCGAUGACAACAAGCUCUUCAGGGAGGAGUUUAAUUCGCUGCCAGUCUGCCCGAUCCAGGCAUCAGUCGACGCUGCUUCCAAGGAAGAGAAUAAAGAAAAGAACAGAUACGUCAACAUCCUGCCAUACGAUCACUCCAGGGUGCAUCUCUCGUCUCUAGAGGGGGUCCCGGACUCUGACUUCAUCAACGCCUCUUUUAUAAAUGGUUACCAAGAGAAGAAUAAGUUUAUUGCAGCUCAAGGGCCGAAGGAGGAAACGGUGAACGACUACUGGCGGAUGAUCUGGGAGCAGAACACAGCCACCAUCGUCAUGGUGACCAAUCUAAAGGAGAGAAAAGAGUGUAAGUGUGCCCAGUACUGGCCGGACCAGGGCUGUUGGACAUACGGGAACAUCCGCGUGUCUGUCGAGGACCAGAUGGUUCUGGUGGACUACACCAUCCGCAAGUUCUGCAUCCAGCAGGUGGGGGACGUGUCUGGUAAGAAGCCUCAGAGGCUCGUCACCCAGUUCCACUUCACCAGCUGGCCAGACUUCGGGGUGCCCUUCACCCCCAUCGGCAUGCUCAAGUUCCUCAAGAAAGUCAAGAAUUAUAACCCUACGUAUGCCGGGGCCAUUGUGGUCCACUGUAGUGCGGGCGUGGGGCGGACAGGAACCUUCAUUGUGAUCGAUGCAAUGUUGGACAUGAUGAACACCGAGAGGAAGGUGGAUGUGUUCGGCUUUGUCACCAGGAUCAGAGCCCAGCGCUGCCAGAUGGUGCAGACUGAUAUGCAGUACGUGUUCAUCUUCCAGGCGUUGUUAGAGCACUACCUGUACGGAGACACGGAGCUGGAGGUGACUUCUCUGGAGUCCCACCUGGUCAAACUCUACGCCCCCGCUCCUGGAGCUGGCUGCAGCGGGCUGGAGGCUGAAUUUAAGAAGCUGACAUCAAUCAAGAUCCAGAAUGAUAAAAUGAGAACAGGCAACCUGCCGGCCAACAUGAAGAAGAACAGAGUCCUGCAGAUCAUUCCAUAUGAAUUCAACAGAGUGAUAAUCCCAGUGAAGCGAGGAGAGGAGAACACCGACUACGUGAACGCCUCUUUCGUAGACGGCUACCGUCAGAAGGACUCCUACAUAGCGAGCCAGGGCCCCCUGCAGCACACCACGGAGGACUUCUGGAGGAUGAUCUGGGAGUGGAGGAGCUGCUCCAUAGUCAUGCUCACUGAGCUGGAGGAGAGAGGCCAGGAGAAAUGUGCUCAGUACUGGCCCAGCGAUGGAGCGGUGGUCUAUGGGGACAUCUCCAUUGAGAUUAAAAGGGAGGAGGAGAGCGAGAGCUACACAGUGAGGGACCUCGUGGUCACCAACAGCAGGGAGAACAAGGCUCGAGCGGUGCGUCAGUUCCAUUUCCACGGCUGGCCGGAGGUGGGCAUCCCCGCGGACGGGAAAGGCAUGAUCAACAUAAUCGCUGCGGUGCAGAAGCAGCAGCAGCAGUCUGGCAACCAUCCCAUAACUGUGCACUGCAGUGCUGGUGCGGGCCGGACGGGGACUUUCUGUGCGCUGAGUACAGUCCUGGAGCGGGUGAAGGCGGAGGGCAUCCUGGAUGUUUUCCAGACGGUGAAGAGCCUCAGACUGCAGAGACCACACAUGGUGCAGACACUGGAGCAGUACGAGUUCUGUUACAAAGUGGUCCAGGAGUACAUCGAUGCCUUUUCUGACUACGCCAACUUCAAGUAGGGACCUGCCGUGGAUGGAUGUCCGAUACACUUCAUAUGCACGCACCAGAACACACGCACACACCGCCACGCAGAAAUCUGCAACCUCCCAUCUGAUGGAUUUAAAAAAAAAAGAAAAAGACUCAUCACAAGUUGAUCUGUGGAUGGGAGGGACUGCCUGCAGGGAAAGGGACAGAGGCCCGGAGGACAGGACAGGGCAGCGCAGUGGGACAGAGAAAAUAACUGAGAUGCCUUCUUGAAUAUUUUGUAAUAUUGGUCUUGUUAAUACAGCCCUUAACCCCUUAUUUGCUUCCCACCCCCCCCUUCAUAUGUACAUAUACUUACUGUGUUGCAUCUUAUUACUUUGAUUUCAGACACAGUUUUGAGUUUGGCUGCAUUUUGGGGUGGCACCUGUAAUGUAUUUUAUUGGUAUAUAUAAAUAUAUAUGAAUAUAAAUCUAAUGCUUUGGAGGCUAAUGUCAAAGAAAUCCAGAGUCAAGGUAAUGAGGUUUAGAUUUCUUUUUACUUUAUAGGGACAGAGGGACAUGAAGCCAACAAUGUUUUACAUUGUUGGCUUGUCCAGAGCCGCGCUGUAGCAACAUGAGUUGUAGCAGAACCCUGAAUAUUUACAGACUAAACCUGGUCUGUGUUUCACUCCUACACACACACACACACACGCACACACACACACACACACACACACACACACACACACACACACAGAGAUAUGUUUCCAUCUAUCGAGCCACUUAAAUUUCUCCCCUUUAAAGUUUCAGAGGUUCAAAGGUCACUCACGAUUGGAGUGAGGUAGCUCAUUGACUCAGGUUGACACACGAAACACACACUGAAUACCAGGAGCCAUUCUUUCUUUUGAAUGUGUGUGUUUGUUUGAGCUGCAGCUGAAGACACUGUCUUCUAUCUGCAGAGUGCCAAAGUCCUUCUCUCCCUCGCAGAGUCCAGUAGCUCUAACAAUAUCUAGACAUUCACUAAAGCCAGUUUACUGUUUAAUGAUCUGCUACCAACACUCUGCUUUAACAGGAAAUCGGGCUUCUUGUUUUAAAGGUACGGUCUGUUUCAGUAUCUGCAGCGUUGUUGAUCAUGCUGACAAGCCAAAUCACUCCAUUAUUGCAUCAACAGAUCAUAUACCCGGCAUAUUUCUUUUCUAGUUUACAGACGCACGUCAGUAUUUCUUGUAGAUUGUAUUGAGCUUUUUUUUCUAUAUGGGUUUUAUUUUGAGUCUGCCUGAAUGAACGAUUUCUUUUAUAUCAGCCUCACAUCACUACGCUGUACUGUCACACUUUUAAUUCCCUUUUUUUAAGUUUUCCCACCAUGAACACUGAUGCUGAAGAAUGUCUCUUAUAAUUUGAAUGCUGUUGCUAACAUUUUCCUUUCAAAAUGGAUACUUUGUUACUUAAAUAGUGGUGGUGCCAUGCCAUGUUUGCUCAGAUUUUAUUUUUGAAUGGCUGUCCUGUGAGGACACUUGAUUACGGUGUGGGUUUCUUUUCAGAUGAGGCCACAAUUGAGGCUAUGCACUCAGUUGUGAUGGAUAUUGUCAGUUAACCGCUGGGCUUCGGGUCACGUAAUGUCAACUCCCGUCAGGAAAUCAAAGUUCAAAGAUUUAAAACCCCAGCAAAGGAGAGUACUCCAAUAUCAUGCCUUGCCUGGAUUUUAACAGAUUUUAUUGCUAUGAUAUUAAAAAAAUAUUUUCCAAGCUAUUUCAAUGUUUUUAAAUGUAGAUUUUAACUAUGAAAAACCUCUUUUCGUUCACAAUUUGCAGCCCACACUAACGGUCGAAAUCACACUAACAGACCCGGAUUGAAUGACUUUUCUUAACGGAAGGAGCCCAAUCAGUACUCAUUUAUUGAUGGUGGACAACGUCAUUAAAAGUACAUGCUGAAUCUUUUUUAGGAAGGGUGAUUUGCAUCAAUGUUGAUAGUUUGAACACUCAUGCACUAUUUGCACCAAAAGCAAAGCCCUUAAGAUUACAAAACCAAAUGACAGAUAAGGUUAGGAUGAUGAUUUGGCCUUGAUAUUGAAAUAUAAGAACCUUGUUCAGGUCUCAAAGCUGUAAGGCCCCUGCAGGGACAUAAAAGUAGAUAUUUUUGAAAUGUUGGCUGUUUGUGCAUCGUCAUUUUCCUUUCAGGUCUUUUUUCCCCCCAAAGCAUCACAAGUGCCCGCACUCCUAGUUAGGUGCCGUUAUACUUUUCAUUUAUCUACUUUGUCACAUAUUGGGUCUUUCAUUAAAUAGAGAAGGGGAUGCCUUUUGUUUAGCUAAUCUAUCUGUGGGUUUAUUGUGUGUGUGUUUGGAUCAAUGCGACUUUGAAUUUGACAGCAAAAUAUGACACUGUGCCAUCCCAUGAGACCCACUAUUUUACAGAUCUAGUGAAUAUCGAAAGAAAGUGCCUGACUUGUAGUUUAAAACUAACCUGUACAUAUAAUUUGUGAUGCAACCGUCAUCCUAAAAGCUGUCCUGAGCAUUUUCCUUACUCUGAUGACAAAACUUUAUUUGACAAAUCAAUAGGGCCAGAAAUAAGACAUGGUUGGUCAUCCUUCACAUUCCCUGUAGUCACAAAUACGUAGACUCCUCAAUUGUGCAGUUGAAACAAAUGUUGAGGCCUCUUUUAAAAUAAACAUUUUAUUUGAAUGGCCUCAUAUCAUUCCAUAUCAAUGACAUGUGGUAUCCAUGACAAGUAAUCAAUUGUGGGUACCCAAAUGUUCAACAAAAAUCGUUAAGUUUUUCCCCAUCACAGUUAAAUUGCAUCUUUUAUGCAUCUUCAGCGAGGGAAACCAGACAGUUGUCCCUGCUCCACGUCCCUUUUAUCUCUGAGCUUUUCCCCAGUGGAGUGAAUGCCCCUGAGAAAUUUAAAUAGGUCUCCAUUUCUAAAUGGUCUGACUUGAGGAAGAUUAGAGUCCAACUUUUUCUCUUCUUCUUUCCACCUUCUUAUGUCCUUUAUGUCCUUGUCCACUCACUGCUGUCCACUUAUCGCACCCUUUCCUUCCUUCACUUUGUCCUUGGCCCAUGUGUCCCCAGUGGUCACAGCCCCACUCCCUUUUGUACAUAAUGUAAGGUUAUUUAUAUUUCAUUCCAGCCUGCUGCCUUGCUUAUUAUAUUUUCUUCUCCCCCCUUCUUUUUUUCUUUUUGAAGAAUAAAAAGAUGUAUAUUGAACUGUAUCGGGACCAUUUUAAAAAUGUAUUGGAGAUGUUUCGUUUUGGCCAUUUUUAAUUUGGUAUAAUUGUCUUAAGAAAAUCCUAUUUUUUAAUUUGCCAAUGUUUGUUUCUAGUGUUUUGUUAUUCAACAUUUGAAUAUAUGUAUAUAUAAUUAUAUAUAUGACAAAAUUAUAUAUAAUUAUAUAAUGCCAAAUGGCCUUUCUAAGCAAGAUACUGUUCAAACCUAAUAAAGUGCUUGAGAUUUUA